CAGACCGCACCAGUUUAUUGAUUGAAAGCAGUGUUGCGCUUCUUCUCGGUGUCAGGACGAGCUGCUUACCCGCGCGUUCACGCCGUCCUCUAUUGUAUUACCCUGUAGGUGUUUUAUCACAUUCGGCAUCUGUAAUGUGGCAUUGCCCACCUUUAACUGUGACAACCGCACAUCAAAAACUUACCUCGGCUUUGAUCCAAAUCAACUUGAUUGUAGCAAAGAACGACUAUUUCCUUCUUUCCUCAAUAACAUCCACAGUUAUUUUAACCAGAACCGGAAGCUCCUCCUCCUCUGUUGUGCAUGGCGCUGAGAGGUUCGGAUUGAUGCAAAUGACUAAAACACAAAACACCGGGGAGAGUACCCGCUGCUGAAGACCAGGCAGCUCAGAGGGAUCUAUCUAUUUGUUGAAGUCCAGGUGUUGUCGUGCAGGAUAAUAUGGCAGCAAAUACAGAACCCUCGGAGUCUUGGUACCUUGCUCUGCUGGGUUUUGCAGAACAUUUUCGGACGUCGAGUCCUUCCAAGAUCCGUCUCUGUGUGCACUGUCUGCAGGCUGUGUUCCAGUUCAAGCCGACAGCCAGGGUAGAGGCCCGGACUCACCUGCAGCUGGGCUCGGUGCUGUACCGACACACAAAGAACAGUGAGCUGGCCCAGACUCACCUGGAGAAAGCGUGGUUCCUAUCCCAACAAAUCCCUCAGUUUGAAGAUGUCAAGUUUGAAGCAGCGAGUAUUUUAUCGGAGUUCUACUGUCAACAGAACCUGGUGGACUCGGCCAAACCAGUUUUGAGAAAGGCCAUACAGAUCUCUCAGCAGACUCCCUACUGGCACUGCAGACUUCUUUUUCAGCUGGCACAAUUACAUGCACUGGAGAAGGACCUGGUGUCUGCAUGUGAUCUGCUCGGAGUGGGAGCAGAGUAUGCAAGAGUCAUGGGAUCAGAAUACACAAGAGCUUUGUUUUUGUUAAGUAAAGGAAUGUUACUUCUGAUGGAGCGGAAGCUUAGCGAGGUGCACCCUCUGCUCACACUGUGCGGCACCAUCGUGGAGAAUUGGCAGGGAAACCCUAUCCAGAAGGAGUCCCUCAGGGUAUUCUUCCUGGUGCUGCAGGUCACACACUACCUGGAUGCUGGACAGGUAAAGAGUGUGAAGCCGUGUCUAAAGCAGCUGCAGCAGUGUAUCCAGACCAUCUCUACUCUCCACGAUGAUGAGAUUCUUCCCACUAAUCCGGCAGCUCUCUUUCACUGGCUGCCCAAAGAACAUAUGUGUGUGCUUGUGUACCUGGUCACGGUGAUGCACUCGAUGCAGGCAGGUUACUUGGAGAAAGCGCAGAAAUACACAGACAAAGCUCUGAUGCAGCUGGAGAAGCUGAAGAUGCUGGACAGCAAUCCCAUCCUCUCCACAUUCCAAGUUAUCCUGCUGGAGCACAUUAUCAUGUGCCGACUCGUCACUGGACACAAGGCCAUGGCCUUACAAGAGAUCUCCCAGAUUUGCCAGCUUUGUCAGCAGUCUCCCAGAUUAUUUACAAAUCACGCUGCUCAGCUUCAUACACUGCUGGGCCUUUACUGUAUCUCUGUGAACUGCAUGGACAAUGCUGAGGCUCAGUUCACUGCUGCUUUGCAGCUGACAUCACACCAGGAACUGUGGACGUUCAUAGUAACUAACCUGGCCAGUGUUUACAUCCGGGAAGGUAACAGACACCAAGAGCUUUAUAGUCUAUUGGAGAGAAUUAAUCCCGAUCACAAUUUUCCUGUCAGUUCCCAUUGUCUACGAGCAGCAGCCUUUUAUAUACGAGGUCUCCUGUCGUUUUUCCAGGGACGUUACAAUGAGGCCAAGAGAUUUUUAAGAGAGACGCUGAAGAUGUCCAACGCUGAGGAUCUAAACAGGCUGACGGCUUGUUCACUGGUCUUACUGGGCCACAUUUUCUAUGUCCUGGGUAACCACAGGGAAAGUAACAACAUGGUGGUUCCUGCCAUGCAACUCGCCAGUAAGAUCCCAGAUAUGUCCGUGCAGCUCUGGUCGUCUGCACUUCUGAAAGCAGAUCUGAGCAAGGCCUGUGGAAACUCUAUGGACGCCCACGAGGCAGCUCAGAUGCACCAGAACUUUUCCCAGCAGCUCCUGCAGGACCACAUCGCGGCCUGCAGCCUCCCCGAACACAACCUCAUCAACUGGACAGAAGGCCUGCCUCCUGUGCAGUUACAGCCCCAGAAUGGACCGACCACCAGCCUGGCCAGCCUGCUCUGAGAACGACGUCGCAGCAGAGGAGCUGUUGUAGGAAAUGAAGAAAGAAAAAUCUAAAAACCAUUAGUUUAAUGCACAAUAUUUAAAUGCCAAAAAACGGUUUUUAGCAAAGUGAUCACUUUAAAUGAUAAAACAUGUAAAAUGCAACUUCUAAACAUUUCUUCUUCAUCAACACUAAUAGCCUUCAGUCUUCCAACACCAGAUGUGUAAAUAAUCUAAAUCUAAAGUAUCCGCUGUGACACGCACAUUUUACUUCUUGGAAUAGGACUCAAUUUGUUCAUUUAAUCAUUUACAUUAAGAUUCAACACUAAGAAAAACAAGCAGCUAGUUACACUUCCCAUAAAAUGAAUUGACCAGAACUACUGAUUUUUUUUGUUAAAGUAACACCCCAAAAGCACCUCCCCUUAACACUGUUCCAUCCCUUUUUUGCAGUUCACUAAGGUUUACCGUCACAUUUCACUGAGAAACCGAGAGAAAGAGAAGAAGGCAGAAAAACUAAAUCAGAAACUGAGUCAGUGCACUGUGUCACUUGGCGAGCUUCCAUUCACUGCGUUAUUAAGGGCAGUGGAGCAUCAUGACUGGACUUGGACUAAAUGGAUGUUCGUACAGAUUGUUGAAGGGUCAUGGUCACACUGGUGGUACACUAGCACAGUUUGUUGUCACACCUUCAGACAAAAGAAAUCUUGCUGGAAUGAGAUUAAACAGAACAUACCUAUUUGCUGUGUGGUGGAAGUGGUCAAGGUUCAAGGCUGACUGUUGAAGGAUUAUAUGUUGAAGGGACUUUGUUGUAAUUUAAUGUAAAAAACCAACAGAUAUUUAACUAUUGUAGUUGUUUUUAACUUUGACUUUGAUGUAGGCAUCAAAAUAAGCAUUGAAGGAGAAUUUUAACUUUUUUUUACAUUGUUGUGUGAGUGACUUCCUACUUUCAAUAAAGCCAAUAACCAAUGGUGGAGUUUAUGCUGCUAUGCAACAUAAACGAGUUGCUCAAUAGGUUCAACUUUGUGCAAUUUACUCAUGAUUUUAAAAACAAGACCUUGCUAUGGAAGGACAUGUUUCUAGAAACUGAUUGUGUGUUGUACUUGCCAUGAUAUUUCAAACAAAAUAAAAGGCAAAUGUGUGUCUUUAUCGUUGUAACAGCCGGGUUGCUCAAUAAAAAACGAUGACACUGUA